AUACGCCGGUAGUGCAAGUACUUUCCGAUUAGGCUAGUAAAAAUUGAUAAAAAUAUUAUUAAUUGUUAUCAGAUGCAGUGUCGGUUACGUAAAAAAAUAGUGAUAGUGACGAGUGAAGUGAACGUUGAGUGCGCGUGAUUUUUGGAUUCCUGAAGUUAUUUUAUAUAGACUGGACCGAAUCAUCUAUACAUCUGAUGACGUCAGACUGAUUACAAAGGUUAAAAAUGCCGAGGUCCAUUGAGAAGACGCAACAGGGAUGCUGGAAAUCAAAGUUCGUCUAUGGAAGAUGAUGGUACACAGUCCGCCAUCUCUCGUCAGCCGUCAGAAGCCAAGGUGGCCAGCCUGGAAUCAGCUGUUACCGACAGCAGUUAACUUCAUUGUUGUGCAGUAGCGUGCGUCAAAACGUGAAGAUGAGUUCGUGCACAGAUCCACUUUGUUUAAACGAGAAGAAAUUAUUUAAAGUGCUGAGGGAGAGUUUACCCAAGGACCUCAAAGACACCAGAAAUAUCAUUGAAAUACGGGAUGACGUGCUGUACGCCUGGAAUGCAGAUAAAGGCGCGAUUCUCACGCUGAACGUUGCUGCCACGCGUGGAAAAGCCAGCGAGGAUGUGUCUUAUCAAACACUUCUACUUACCGACCCACCCAUGUUCGAGAUCACCAAUCUAUUGAUUAAUGAGACACUGACCCAAUUGGUAAUGUGGGGUAAUCUCGGACUGGCGCUUGUCGAACUGCCAAGUAGAUGGGGUAAGGACGGCGCAUUCGAGGGUGGCAAGGACGUUGUAACGUGCAUAAGCCACAACCUUAAUAGCUGCUGGUCUUAUUUCGCUAGUGGUGAAGUUCGUAGAGCAAGAUGGCAUCCUGGAUCUACUAAUGAUUCCCAUUUGGUUGUACUCACGUCACAAAAUACAUUACAGCUAUUCGAGUCCGAGGUAGGCUCAGAACCGAAACUUAUCAGAAACUGGAAUAUCGGCAUGAGUCGUUCGGGAUCUCCAUCCAAAAUACCAAGUUUCGAAGAUCUUGGAGACACGGCAGUCGAUUUUGAUUUUACUACACCAACCGUUAAGAAAUCUAAUGGCAAGAUGGACAAGAUAAACUGGAAUCAAAUCGAGUGGUCAAUUUUGGGACUUUGCGGAUCUGGCGAAGUGUUUAUAAUUCGUGAAAAUAUUUUAGGCGAAACUUAUUCUAAAUCAAUACGGAUGGAGUUCUUAACUAUACAUCCCUGGGCAGAGGAUAAUUAUGGCACAGAAUUCUGUUCUAUAAUGUGCAUUCAAACAACACCCCCGAUUGUCAUACUGGCAUCUUGUCAUGGAAAGAUUUACCAUGGCAUUUUAUUGAAGGAUGUAGUUGAUGAAAAAGAUAAGCUGAACUCAUCCAAUAGUAUCAUUGAAAGAUCUAACACUCCGAAAGAUGCUCUGUACAUUUAUGAAAUUAUAGAAAUGGAACUGGGAUUGCUGUACAGAGAAGAAGAUAAAAAGUACACCUGUCCAAUUAAUCUACACAGUGACAAGGGAAACAAAUCCAGAUACUUCUGUUCCCAUAAUGCUGGCAUCCAUAUGGUCAGUUUACCUAUGGUUUCACAAUUGGAUGAAUAUAUCAAUGCUAGCGAAGAGAACUCUGAGCUGUACAUUCCAACACUCUCAAACCAAUCAAGUUUUCAAUAUCUUCUCUGUACAAGAACCAAGCAUACCAACGAAAAUCAAGCUACUCCUAUAUUGGGUUUUGGUCUACUCCAAGAUCCUUGUGUCUUGAUCGUGUUGCUUCAUACAGGAGUAGUGGUGGAUUUGACUGUAGUAGAUCUUCAGUAUCUCCCAAAAUUGGAACAACCAGAACCAACCAUGAGUCCCAGUAAAAAGGUAACUAAAGUGCCAUUCGACGUAUAUAUCAAAGGUCUUCUAAGACACGAAGUGACGCAACCCAUUACUAAGCUGAGCAAUCAGUCAGAAUUGUCAGCUCGUGAAGCACUGGAGCUACUGUACCGUGCAACUCACAUAUUUCGUACAAGCUAUUUUAUAAAUCAUGACAAAGUACGAGAAGAACUGUCAAAGAAGGUGCGCAGUCUGAAGGCUCUCAAGGAACACCAAUUAAAGGAACUUGAUAGACUUAUAGAAACUAAAAGGGAACUUAAACAAACAGCAGAACAUCUGGCUGAGCAUUAUGAAGAUAUUAAAGAUGUCCAAGAGGAUCUAGCACGAAGAGCUGAUACAGUAUUGAGACUUGUUAAACAAAAGGAACCUUCGAUGUCUGUUGCUGAGAGAGCUGAAGCCCUCGCAUUGAAAGAUAUGGCCGAUAACAUAAAUGAGCUGAAAAUGCGUUUGGAACAGUUGAAGAAAAAAGCUUCUGAUCAGGCGAAAUAUCGUGAAAGUUAUAAGAAAUCGAAUAUAACUCGCGAUAUCGUACUGAGCAAGUCUCAAGAGGAAGCAAUCAAGACUAACUUGAAACAAAUAGGUAACGACAUUGCGGGACUGAUAUCACAAGUGAAAAAUCUUCAGAUAGACAUUGGCCUAUAAUAUGCGCAGUGAAUUUACUUUCUAACUUUUUUUUUUACUGUAUUGCGAUAUGUUUUUAAAAAUAAACCUCACGUUUUCAAUUAUUUUACCUUAA